AUGGCUCAUGAUAUCUCAUCUGCUAAGUUGUUAUCAAAGUGUGACAUAAAUUAUUUAUCAGAUGAUUUAUUAGCCCAAAUCUUCACUCUUUUGCCAUUCAAAUCCAACAUUAGAUGCAAAUGUGUUUCAAAAAGAUGGUUAGAGUUGAUUUCAAGUCCUUAUUUCAUAAAACAAUUUACAUCUCUUCAACACUCUCUUUUCAAAUCAAUCUUAAUGUUUGUCACACCUCAUGAAAUUAUAUUGGCUUUUAUAGAAGAAUCUCAAAAAUAUGAUCCUAUGAAAAUUCCCAUAACCUUUCCACCGGAUAUGCUCGUCAAAGGAAGCGUAUGCGGCUGUUCCCACGGUAUAUUCUUGUGUUGUAACACCCGAUACACCUACGGUAGUGGCUAUUAUAUUUAUGAUCCCCUAAUGAAACAAUAUAUCUCUAUACCGCCUUCCCCCGCAACGUGUAAUGAAAAUUUAUACGCCGUGGGGUUCACUUGUAGCCAUUUAACCAAUGAUAGAACACUAACUUCUUAUCCAGAUGAACGCGACUUUAAAGUCGUGAUCAUAAACUCAUUUAUAAGAAGAAUGUUUGAGGUUGAAUUAUAUAUUUUUUCCUCGGACACGGGCCAAUGGAAACACAUUGUUAUCAAUAUCCCGGACGGGUUCGCUUUCGCGCCCCAUUGGUUACUAAGUUUUUCAUAUAAUGGAAGCUUGUAUUUCAUGGGGAGGACAAACAUUUUUGUGAUGAAUCCUUAUACAAACCAUAGCUAUACACUUGAUUAUCCAUUAGAAGCUGAUUCAAUGAAUAUAAUGAGUUUUGGUUUUCUUGGAAGUUCUUGUGGUGGGUUAAGAAUUGGUGAAAUUGGACAAAAGGAAUUAAGAAUUUGGGAACUUGUUGAAAGGAAUAAUUGGGAUUUGUUGCAUAGGAUUGAUAUAAACAAAAAAUUGCCAGAAAAUUUUUGUGGUAAUUAUUAUAAGAGGGUUGCAGGGUUUCAUCCUUAUGAUGGGGACAUUGUGUAUUUACAUUCUUAUGCUGAUGGAGUUUUUGUUUGUAACUUAAGGAGUGAGAAAUUUGAAGGUGUUUCUGGUUAUGAAAAAAUUGAUAUAAGUCCUUUUCAAUUAGAGAUAGGAGAUUUGUUGCCUCAAGAAUCAUAA